AUGGUGACUGGUGAAGAAAAUGUGUAUCUAAAGUCAAGCUUAUCCAUUCUCAAGGAGCUCAGUCUCGAUGAACUACUAAAUGUGCAGUAUGACGUGACUACCUUAAUCGCGAAACGUGUUCAAGCACUGCAAAAUCGGAAUAAAUGUGUUCUCGAAGAACCUAACAGUAAACUGGCUGAAAUUCUAUGUCACGAAAAAAAUGCUCCUCAACAAUCCUCUCAGACGUCUGCGGGGCCAGGUGAGCAAGAUUCUGAAGAUUUCAUCCUUACUCAGUUUGAUGAGGACAUAAAGAAAGAAUCAGCAGAGGUUCACUAUCGUAAUGAAAAUAAACACACUGUGCAGUUACCGCUGGUUACUAUGCCACCUAAUAGGCAUAAACGGAAAAUUUCGGAGUUUAGUUCGCCUUUAAAUGGCCUCAACAACUUAAGCGAUUUGGAAGAUUGCUCUGAUACUGUAAUCCACGAAAAAGAUAAUGAUAAAGAGAACAAAACAAGAAAACUAUUGGGAAUAGAGCUCGAGAACCCUGAAUCUACAUCGCCAAAUUUAUACAAAAAUGUUAAGGAUAAUUUCCUGUUUGACUUCAAUACGAACCCUUUAACAAAGCGAGCCUGGAUUCUCGAAGACUUUAGACCAAAUGAAGAUAUCGCCCCGGUUAAGAGAGGAAGAAGAAAAUUGGAGCGAUUUUAUGCCCAAGUUGGAAAGCCAGAGGAUUCUAAACACAGAUCAUUGUCAGUAGUUAUAGAAUCGCAAAAUUCGGACUACGAAUUUGCGUUUGAUAACUUGAGGAAUAGAUCAAAAUCCCCCCCAGGUUUUGGAAGACUGGAUUUUCCCUCCACUCAGGAAGGGAACGAGGACAAAAAGAAAUCCCAGGAAAUCAUCAGAAGAAAGACAAAAUAUAGGUUUUUAAUGGCAAGCAAUAACAAGAUCCCACCGUACGAGAGAGAAUAUGUAUUCAAAAGAGAACAAUUAAAUCAAAUUGUUGACGAUGGAUGUUUCUUCUGGAGUGAUAAAUUAUUGCAGAUAUAUGCUAGAUGUUAA